GAUGUGUUGCGGAAGAUCGCCGCGGCUCACAGUUCGCGUUGUGUCCAGCGUUAUUAGCAUGGCCGCUGCAAGGCGGCUAAGGUUGGGCUCGUCUCAUUCUUUGCUGCUUCAGAUUCCUACCUUUCCAUGAUAUCCUAAACUGAUACCAGCAACCCUGUGACGAUCACCUCGACCUGAUUAUUCCAGCAUGGCGACGACCGGGUUGUCGAACGCUGGUCCCCACACUGCCGAUGGCGCACCCCUGAAGAGCACGGCAGAUGCUCCACCAAAGACCUCCACCGAGGCGGGCAUGCGAUGUCCUGAUCCUUCAGCGCAUUUACAUCAAUCUCACAAUGCGUUACAGAAUCAGGCAUCCGCUGCGGCCUUGUACAGCACCAAAUCAGCCAACGAGAAGCAGAAGAUCAACCCGCUCGGACCGGACGGAAAGCUUUCGUCAGCAAGCGCUGCGGCCAGCCUGAAAUACGCGAGGGCGAACGAGCUUCCUAGCUAUCCAGUGGUUGGCAUUGACACUUCAUCUUCAGCUGGAGUAGCUGCACUGCUUGCGAACCAAAACAAGAAAAGCCCGGAGUGGUGGAAACCCGAGCAAUCGUCGGCUGCCGGCAAAGCCGCAUUACUAGCAAACGACUAUAAGAUGAAGCCAAUGUGGCAGCCAGAGGCAAGCGCUGCGGGCUCCAAGGCAGCACUGCUAGCUCACAGAGACGGCGCAAAGUUGAACUUCUGGCAGCCCCAAGCCAGUGCCGAUGGCAACUCAGCAGCUAACAUUGCUAUGCGCAAGACGGGACUGGGUCCACAAAUCGAUCACGGAUCCACCGAAGACGGGAGGAAGAAAGCACUGAUCGCAGCCACUGGAGCUCACGCAGCAUCGGGUCGCAAGCGCGCGCAGUCGAUUCCAAUGUCUGCUCCACUCUAUCCUGAUUCCAAGAACUCUGCCAAAAACGCUCUCAGCGCUGCGACAAUCGCUCACACUCCCUCGAUGCGAGCGUCGAAAGCACCAGCGGUUCAGUCUCAAGACUCAACCCGGGUUGGAUCCGGAGCUCUGGACGCAGCAAGGAUUCAACAUGCUAAAAGCUCCCGGGAAAUGUACACAAGCGCUCCUCCUGUUUCACUGGAAGUAGAGGAGAAGAGACGCAACGACGCGCUCAAGGCUUCAGCUAUCGUCAUGGCCAAGAAGAUUUAUGACAUACAACAACGGCAAAUCGACGAGGCUUCUGGUGUAUCUGCGGCUCGUACAGGUGCUACGACCGCUCAUGGGAAGCAACCGGUAGCAACAAGCGAAGGCGAUCUCAAACAACAGGCCAUGCAGUAUAUUGGCAUACAGGAGGCAGCUCAGAAAUUGGCACAGGAGCGCCUUGCUAAGAUUGGUUACGACGAGAAUGCUGCCUACCGAAGCUACUACGGUUACGAAAAACAAGGCCGUUCAAAGAUUUCUAUGCGACGGGGAAGACCUCGAGCUCGCAGCGCAUCAGCAGCACCGGAAGAGAGCGACUCCGAUGAAGACGAUUUCCGCUCAAGGCGCAUUCGUCACCAAAUGCAGCAAUUCAACCAACAGUUGGCUGAUGUUGAUGCGAAGAAACGUGAGCAGGAUCGCAGGAGCCUGAUUGCAGCGGCGGAACGCAAAGUCCAAGCUCAAAUGCAAGGUCUUGACAAGGAGGUUUACAACAAGACUGGCAAGAUGUCGAAUUCCAAGACGGAUGACUGGGAUGAUAAAGCACGCCAACGGGCCCUCGCCAACUCAGAAGCUCGCAUGGAGAACCACGGCAGAGUCCACAUCGGUAAUGGUAAAUGGAUGGAUCAAGCUGAGAUCGAUGCCAUUGCUCAGGCUAGGCUUCAACCAACACUCGACGAGAUCACCGACAAGGCUGAAAAGCGGAGGGCUGAAGACGCCGAGAGGCAGUUCGAGCUCGAGAAGAAGCAGCGCCAGGAGCAAGAAGAGAAGGCACGUCAGGCAGAGAUCAAGGCUGAGGGGAAGAAAGGCAAAGAGGAAGAGAAGAGGGUGGAGAAGGCCCGUAUUGCCAAUGAGAAAGCGGCUGCAAAGCAGAUAAAAGAGAGAGAAAAGACCAAAAAGGCGGAAGAGGAACGUCUAGCCAAGGAGGAGAAGCGCAAGUCUAGAGAGACUGCUCGAGCUGCACCAGCGCCAGGGCCUGCUUUGGGAACUGCAGUCGUCGCCACACCAACAACAGCGACUCCUGUUGCAGCCGGCGUUAUUGACGGGAACAAGGACCUGUACGAAGAUCCUGCUACUUCCACACGAGUCUCAGACGACGUCCCACCUGCAAGAGAGUCUACUGUAACUGCAACCACGCGGGACUCUACCGCUGUUGCGACUCCAUCGACUGACCCUACUUCUCCCGCCUCGCCGACUUCGUCCAAGGGCUUCAAGUCUAUCUUCAACAAAUUGAAGCGUCGUUCCAAACAUGACUCAGCCACUACAACCGACACGGAUGGCAAGACUGCUGAAAAGGAAAACACUCGGUUCAUUGGUGGUGCAACCCUUCGGGCGUCCGAAUCCAAGUCCCUUUCGUCCACGACACCAUCUGCUUCCCAUGCAGAAGCAAGUUCUACAACCCGGCCUACUGAUUUGGGCGAUGUCGAGCCUACAGUCGUCCCUCAUCUCAAUGAGCUUCCAGCUACCUCUGCAGUCAAGGACGACCGCUACUCAGACAUCUCUUCGCUCAGCAGCGACGAUGAAGACAUAACCAGGGGACGCCCCCGCCCACAACGUCUCAUGAGCGACGACACCAGAGCUUCGUCAGACUUUGAGGAGGCCAGAGAUCACUUUGAUGAGGGUCUAGCUCCACCUCCUACAUUUACCAGUGACACAGACAAAGGCCGCCAUGGUAGCCCAGUUCGAGACUCGAAGUUCCAUGAAGUUGGCAUAUAAUGAACCGAGAAGCAAGAACUGAUUUGAAGAAGGGGGCAGGGCUAAUUAACAGACGACUCCGGAGGUUGUAAUGGGUGUUUGACGAGGAACGCGAUUGUUUGCUGUCAUAGUUUAAUUUACCCUGACACCUGUAUACCUGAAUUUGAACGACCUUACGAUUCCACGGUUCCACUGUGUCAGCCGAAAUUCAUGUGUACUGAUGAUGUGGUAAUCUCACCAACAACCUGCAUGCUUUCCAUCGUUUGCUGAUUCCGCAACCUCACCGCAACUAAAUUCUGUCACAGUGAAUUGAUGGAGCUCCAGUGUAAAUCCGCGCGGCAAUCGACGUCAGCCCGCUUGCAAACGCUUUGCCUAUUUCGGAUCGGCCAAGCCCGGGACGCUCCAGCGU